AUGCCGGUCCGCGCGGGUCCUCGCGUCCCCGGGUCCGCUCGGCCCUCGGGUCGCCGCGCUCCCGCAGCCCCGCGCUCCGGCCGCGGACGCCUCCCCCCGAGCGCGUCCCCGCCGCUCAGCGCGCGGUUCCCACGAGCGGAGGCGGCUGAGCCCCCGGGAACGCAGCGAGGACGCGCGGGCGCCAGGGACCCCGCCCCGCCCCUGCCGGCCCGCCCGCCUGGGCCUGCGGCGCCCCCGGCCCCGCGCGCAGCCUCGGUCCGACGGCCCCCGCCGCCUGACAGUGAGCAGGUGGGCGUCGGGAAGGGUGCGCCGGUCCAGGACGAGUCAGCAGCUGGGGUACUCGCCGUGUGUCUAGAGCUGCUGCAGGCCCAGCUCUCAGGACACGUCUGCCUUCAGCCUCCUCUGUCGGAGACGAUGCACAGAACGCACCUUAAGGCAGCACCUGCGUUUCGUGGUGCUACCUGCGGAAAAGCAAGACCCCCGCCUUACUCAGGCCUCGGUGUAGGUGCAGUCUGACUGCAGAUUUUCAUUAGAAGAUGACAUCUGCUUUCACAAAACAUCGGAAUGCUGUGACCUCCGUGGGUCUGAGGGUCCCUGUCUGUCAGGAAGAUGGCAGACACAUCUCGAAUCUUCUCCAGAUGUCUGGGGGCUCACGUCCUGACGGUGGGAUCCCAGGCUGCCACCAGAGCAGCCCAGCAAGACGUUUGUUUGAAGUUCACAAAAACUGAGCAGUACCCAUGUCAGAAAGUCGAAAUAAUACAUUAAAGGAAAAUAACUGAGAAGCGCGUGAUUAUCCAUCUGUCAUCCUGUUACCUAUCUGUCUAUUUAUCUGUGAAUUCAGCACUGAGAUACAACUGCCUCUGUGCUACACACUUUGAAAGGAUGUGGACAAUAUCUAUCCUCCUCUUGCACUUAUUUAUCACAGAGGUUUUGUUUGUUUUGGUUUUGGUUUUUGUGCACACACACAGGUGGCUUGCACAGCUGGUAACGUUAGAGCUGGGUUCAAACACAGGUAUUUCUGUCUCUUGCCAUAUGUUGAUUGAACAGAAUGAUUUCAUGUAAAGGAGCCUCUCUUCCCCAAAAGACAAAACAAUAUAGACGGGGAUAUUUAGCAAGAACAAAAAAGAAGAAAGGGAAGGGUAUUACUUGAAAAGAUUUAAGGAAAGUUUUGUUUUGUUUUGCUUUUUUGCGGUACGCAGGCCUCUCACUGUUGUGGCCUCUCCCGUUGCGGAGCACAGGCUCCGGACGCGCAGGCUCAGCGGCCAUGGCUCACGGGCCCAGCCGCUCCGCGGCACGUGGGAUCUUCCCGGACCGGGGCACGAACCCGUGUCCCCUGCAUCGGCAGGCAGACUCUCAACCACUGAGCCACCAGGGAAGCCCUAAGGAAAGUUUUAAAGUGAAAAACUUUAAAGAAGUGUCCAAAAGUUGGUACAAGUCCAAUAAUUCCAAUUCUUGAUCGCCCCUUCCCAUAUAUAUAUACACACUAUAUACAGUGUGUGUGUUAGGAGGGAUUUUGCUGGAAAAAUACCUCUCUAAUGGAAACAGAAUCCUGGAAAAAUACCUCUCUAAUGGAAACAGAAUGCAGGACUCAGACCCUUCUGUCUUUGGUGAAGGAAGCCUAUGAGCUAUUGCAGGUGUACACACUGCACGUGUCUUUUAGACUGCAAAAUGAUGUUCUAAUUUUGAUCGUCGGUAAGAAACCUCUACUAGUUGGGACAGUCUUUGAAGGCAAAAAAUUACUAAUUAUGAUAAAAGUAGUUUUGUUUCAUCUGAGUACUCCUAUUUUUUUUACCAAAUUAAUGGUCAAAAUAAAGUGAAGCCGAAAUGGGCAGAGCGUUAAGAAGCCUUUAGACAGCUCUGGUUGCCAGGAGAAUCUGGCCUGUGUCUCUGGACAGAGAGGAAAGCUACCUACUCCGUGGAGUCAGGUUGACAUGAAAUGUUAUCAUGCUCUUGGAGUAAAGCUUAUAAAAUAGGAAGGAAAAAGAAGCUGUUGGCACUCCGCACCCUGUUAUACGCUGAUGUGAAACAGGUUAUUAAACUUACUAGCACU